AUGGGCUUCAACACCUACAAUCCUGCCGCAUGCACCAUCAAUCAAACCUAUGUUCGAGAUACCAUCAACGCUUUUGCAGACAAGGGGUUUGCGGCUGCUGGAUAUAACAUUUUUGGCCUUGAUUGUGGGUGGCAGGGUACGCAGCGACAAAGCAAUGGCUCGAUUACAUAUGAUGCCAGUGCGUUUCCUGAUGGUAUACUUCCUUUGAGCAAACUUGCGAAUAGUAAAGGUUUUAACUGGGGCAUGUACACCGAUCAAGGCGUCAAAGCCUGCGACACUGGCGUCGACCGACCGGGUUCUCUCAACCACGAGAAACAGGAUGCACUACAACUCGCAGGCUGGAACGUCGCAUACAUGAAAGUAGACAACUGCUGGAUUACUGCUGACUCCAACGCCCCCAAAGACCCAAGGACGGACUUUCCUUCUCGUUUUGGAGCUUUCUCGAGUGCUAUUCAAGCGGUCGGUAUCAAAGGCAUGUUGACUUGCCAAUGGGGAGUUCCCUAUUCGAGUCCAAGUGGCUUGCGAGGUCCUGCUGAGUGGACUCCGGCAGUAUCGACUUCCUUCCGUGUCAGCGAUGAUAUUACCCAAGGAUGGGCGAGUGUCUCGAGAAUCUACAAUGAGGCAAUCAAUGUCAACUUGAGAGGCUUGAACGGUCCUGGCCACUUCUCAGACAUGGACUUGCUUGAAGUUGGUCAAGCUGGCAUGACGACUGACGAGCAAGCAACUCAUUUUGCUAUCUGGGCUAUGUUUAAGAGUCCCCUCAUGAUUUCGACAAGAAUCACGACUAUGUCAAGCUCUACUCAAGCAAUUCUGCAGAACAAAGGCUUGAUUGCGAUCAACCAGGAUAGUCUGGGCAAGCCGGUCGUUCUUGUUCAGCGUUUCACUGGCGACAAUGAUCGGUUUGCAGGACCUCUUGCCAAUGGCGAUGUAGCGGUGCUUCUUGUCGACUUGACCAACACCAAGCGUAGUCUGGGCAUCAACUUUUCCGCUCUCAACAUCUCUUCUGCAACCGUCACAGAUCUUUGGACGGGAAAGACAGUCCCGAACGCAAACAGCUACUCCACCACUGUCAACGGCCAUGGUUCUGUUGCUCUUCGAUUGAGCAAUGUCAAGAAGGCAACACCAGCAGCACCAACUCUUAAGUACUACGAAGCCGAAGCCGGUAAGCUAUCAGGCAGUGCAGCAGUAACCUCUUGCUCAGGCUGUUCCGGCGGCAAAAAAGUCGGCUCCAUCGGCAACGGCGACAGCAACACCCUCACCCUCACGGGCAUUCGCACAAGCCAAGCAACACAAGACGUCCGCUUCGACUACAUUGACUGCGAGAUCGGCUACGCAUUUGGCGGAGGCUACGGCAACGUCAGAGGAGCGAGUAUCAGUGUCAACGGUGGAGCUGCUCAAUCUGUCAGUUUCCCGCUGACUGGCUAUAACUGGGAUAAAGAUGUUGCCAAAGGAUUUUUGGUUAGAUUGUCGGGAUUCAAGACGUCUGGUGAUAACACAAUCACGAUUUCGGGAUUAUCGAGUGUGUCGCCUUAUGCGCCGGACUUUGAUAGAAUUGGUGUCCUCGCUUGA